CUGUCGAUCGUGGGCAGGGGCACGCGCCGACGCCGAUUGCGCUCGCGCUCCGCGGGGAGCGGCCCCCAGCGCCUCUGUCCGCGCGCACAGGCGUCCGGCCCGCGCCAUGCUGGGCCUCCGAGCCCUGCUCCUGCGGGGCGUGCGCCGGGCCCGGGCCUGCCCCCAGGUCCGCGCAUCUUUGGCUACAGGGCCCAGGCAAAGUGAUGGCACGUUUUAUGAAAUUCGUACCUAUGAUGUUAAGCCAUCAAAGAUGAAGGAGUUUGUGGAAAUGUUCAAUAAACACAUCCACCUGCGCACAGCUCAUUCAGAGAUGGUUGGAAUCUGGACUGCGGAGUUUGGGGGCAUGAAUAAGGCCAUCCAUAUUUGGAAGUUUGAUAACUUUGCCCAUAGAGCAGAAGUCCGGAAAGCAGUAGCCAAUGAUAAAGAAUGGCAAGGAAAAUUCAUCUCUCCAGUUCUGCCCUUCUUGAAUAAACAAAACAAUGAAAUCGUUUACCUGGUACCUUGGUGUGAGAUUGGGAAGCCUUCAAAGGAAGGGGGGGUGUAUGAGAUGGUUACUUUUCAGAUGAAGCCUGGUGGGCCAGCUCUGUGGGGCCAAGCGUUCAGAGCUGCAAUCAAUGCUCAUCUCAAUACAGGCUACACGAAGCUGAUUGGUGUUUUCCACACAGAAUAUGGAUUACUUAACAGAGUUCAUGUGCUCUGGUGGAAUGAGAACCCUGACAAUCGUGCAGCAGGGAGGCAUUAUGCCCAUGAGGAUGCUAGGGUGGUAGCAGCUGUGCGGGAGAGUGUUAGAUUCCUGGAGUCCCAGCAAAAUAUGCUCCUGAUUCCUAUGCCUUGUUCACCAUUGAAAUAGUUUUCUACCAACUGAUGUAAUGGCAGACAACACAACUUUCAUACAGCAUUUUUAUCCUGAACUGUCAUAUGGGUCUCUCUCAAUACCAAUAUAAUCUAGCCAAAUAUUCUUCAGUUUACAGUAUGUGGAUAAAACCUGAAUCCACAUGCUUAAUCUUUGCCGUAGUCCUCUGCACUCUAUGCCACAAUAAGAAUUCAAGGCCUGUCCACCAUGCCAUGAACUCUGCAAACGCUUCAUAUUAGCCAUGAAUUUCUCAUCUUAUUGCCACUUGAAGAUGCAUCCAUACAGAAGUAUUCUAUAACUGGUACAAAAAGGUACAAGGCCCUUGCCAAAGCUCACAGCUGUGCCAGAGCAAGGGAGAUUAGAGAGCUGUUAUCUGUAUAAUGUACUUUGCUACCUCCUGAAAAGGUCACAUCUUCCCAGUUACUACUUGUUGCCCUAAGAAGCAGGAAUCCUAGCCUAGGUUUUGCAUGCUGACCAUACAUCUCACAGAUGUGUCUGCUUGUAUUUAUUAUUUUUAAUAAGGUUGCAAUGAGGUUGGAAUUAGGUAUGAGAAAUGUUGCAGUAAAAUUGUUCAAGUGGUGAUAUAGGGAACUCCGCUUAAGUAUCAGGAGCACCUUUUUUACUUGAAGUACUGUAUUGCGAUUUACUUAAAUACUUUCUAUUGUGGGUCUACACCCCUUUAUUCAAUUAUGACUGAACAGUAAGUUACAUGGAUCACCUCUCCAUGCAAAUACUUGUUUAUUGUGCUGAAAUGGAUUAUGAAUGAACUGAUUAAUUCUGAGAGUUUCUUUGUGGAUUGUGUAUCAGAUUAACUGUCCACUAAAGUACAUAUGCCUAUACUUUUGAAGAAAGCUUUGCUAGACUGUAAAGCUUAAAGCCUAAUAAAAGCAUUGAUUAUUGUUCUGCA